AUGGCAUCUACUCGGUCACCAUCGCCAGUCGAGGGCAUAUCUGCCCCUACGUCACCGCAAUUAUCACCUCGGUCUAAGAUCAAGGCCUUAUUAGCUACUGUGAAUGAUGCGGAUUCAGAUGACGAAUCUAGCCCUACGAUAGACGCAAAGACUUUAUCCAAGUCUACUAAUAAGGACAUUAUCACGAAUACCGAAGUCCAAACCCUACCAGAUGCGGAGGAAGAUAGUGAUAAUGAUGAAGAGGAGAUCGUUCGACCCCGAGGACGCCUCGCUGCGCGGAUGAGAGUGGAGGAUGUAAAUACAACAAAAACCACCACACUCAAGAGCUCAAUUAAACCAAUACUAUCGCAUACAGCCUCGGCGAAUCCCAAUGAGGAAACUAGGGAAGCGGCAAACGCAGAUGAUGAUGACGAUGAAGAUAAGUUGCAAACAAAUACCGAAAUUCCUUCCUCACCAGGUCUCUUCGUUACACCAGCCCCGGAGACACCGAUGGUACGCCGGCAACCUGGAGCCGGAGCAGAGUCCGACACAGACGAUGAGUUGCCGGAAAACUUAGGGAAGAGCGAACGCUUCCUGGCUCUAGUAGCUAGGAAGCGGCAAGAGAGACUUGCCAGGGAGGCCGAAGAAGAGCGCAAGCGAAAUGAGCGUGCCGAGCGAAUAGGUCAACAAAUACCUACCGAAUCAGAUAUUGACGACGAUGUAUCUGAUGUCACAGACGAUGACGGCGGUCGCAAGCUCACUCAAGAGGUUUCCCGUCCGGCUCGCAAGGCUAGCAAGAAGGCUUUGGAAGAGAUGAACCGCGAAACGCAACGAUUAAGUCGAAGCAUGCAACUUGCUCACGAAGCGAAGACGAAGAAAAAGAUCACGAAAGCAUCUCUAUUCGAACGCUUCAAUUUCAGGACUGAAGCAGUGUCUACUGAAACCAAGCCAGUAAUCUCAAGCAGGCCAACAACACCUGGCUCGACACAACAGACGGACAUUGAUAUGGCAGAUGCUGGAACUCCACCUAGCUCUCCCCCUCUUGCUCUAAAGGUCAUAGAAACCCACCUCGUCACACCUACAGCGCCGAAUACUCGCAAAGAUCCAGACGACGUAUUCGGAGAUGACGGCGAGUUGCCCAGCUUAGAAGAUGCUUUAGCACAAACCAAAAAAGAUAAGGGUAAAGGCAAGGCUGUUAACAUCACAGACCAGCCCACUCAGAUCGAGGGAGCCGUGAUGUCUCUACAGCAGCGCGCUAGAGCACAAGCUAAGUUGGAACGCGAGCGACGUCUCGAGUUCCUCAAGUCCAAAGGCAUCGCCGUACAAACUGAGGAAGAACGCCAAAGGGAAAGAGAGCAGGUCGAAGACAUUGUUGCCCGAGCUCGACAAGAGGUCGAAGAAAUCAUGCAGAAAGAACGUGAGGAUGCGAAGAAGGCACGUAAAGAGAGUAAGAAGAAUGGUGAAAAUGAUCCUCUAGCUUGGGAUGAUAGUGACGACGAUAGCUUUGAGGACAGUGGAGAGGAGGAUCCUGCCGAGAUUGAGCUUUCCGGAUCGGAGGAAGAAAACGAAGGAGAUGACGGGGGAUGGACGAUGACGAUGAUGAGAAUGAGGAUAAGCCCACAAAUCUUAUAUUCGAGGAUGAGGCAGAGGAGGAUGCUCCCACCUGCAAGGUUCCGCCGGCCAAAGAAACAUGUUCAUAUCGUCUCAGAUGACGAAGAGGAUGUUGAAGCAACUCCAAAGCCUAAGACUCGUCACCCCAAAUCUCCAUCAGCCACCAACUCCUCUCCUAAGAUCCCUACGUCUGUCCUACGCUCAGCUAGGAAGACAUUUAUUCCCGGGCUCCCUGUUCCCGCGGCUGGGCCUGCAGGCCUUGGGCUUACCCAGAUAUUCGCAGGUACAAUGGAUGACAGUCAAGCCGAACCAGCCAGCGGAUCUCCGCAGAAAUUUAUGCCCAGUCUUGAUAGCUUUCCCGACUCUCAGUUUUCCGCCACAGCAGGCCAAUCUCAGGAUAACACAGUUCUCGACAGCCAGAAGUUACAUAAUAUAGAUACCCAAGCACGUGAAACACAGACACAAGGUGUCCAGUUACACUUCUCGCAGUCGCAAGUCCACGGCUUCGAUACCUUGAUGCAAAUGGACGGGACGCAAAUGUCGGAGCUCAUUGAGCCAACCCAGGAUGGGGGCUUCCAGGACUUAUCUCCGCUCAAGCAGCGGUUUAUUGACGCACCAGGAUCUACAGUGGACACUGUAUUAUUAGGUGGGACCCCUGAAUUCGAAAAAGUCCAAGAGUCACCUCUUGUCAGGAGGGGCAAGUUAAGACGAAGAGGCGAAAGUAUAGCCUCAAUCUCUACCUUGACGUCGACAAUAAAUAUUCCUGAAAGUCCCAGCGCUGCUCCUAGCGCCCUACCUACAGACGCCAAGACAGAUGCGAGUGCGUUCAGAUUAAUGGAAAAGGCAGCUAGGAGGAAGAGACUGCAAGAGAAAUUUGAUAGGAAAAAGAGCAAGGCCAACGAGAUGGUUGAGGAGCAAGCUGAGGAAUCUGAGGAUGAGUACGCCGGACUUGGCGGAGCCGAUGGUGAAGACUCGAGCGAAGAGGAUGAGGAGCUCGUUAAAGAGAUGAUAGACGAUGUUACUAGCAACGAUGCUGACGCUACUAAGCUGGCUGGUUUCUUUGCUGAUCGAGAACGAGCAGCCGAUGCAGCCCAAGUCGACAAACUGUUCCGGGAUAUCACAACUGGUAUGCUACGCAAGCGGCGCCGUGGCGGUGACAAUAACGACAUCGAUCUAUCAGAUUCUGAUGAUGGGGGCGAGGCUCGGCGUCGUAUGAAGCGGCGACAGUUUGCCAAGAUGCAGAAGGCCCUAUUUGCAGACGAGCGUAUCGGAAAGAUCGCCGAAAACCCGCGCAACGCAGCGUUCCUCAAGAGUAUAGAAGACAGGAACAGCGACGACGAGUGGGAUUUCGCCGAGAAUUUUGCAGAUGGAACUCCCGACAGCGCGGACAGCGAUAGUCAAAGUCAGAGCCAGGGGCAGGAUAUGUCAGCAGCAGAACAAUCGAUCCCGAACAGUCAACCUACGAACGGGGAUCGCAAACGCACACACGCGGAUGAUCACGUAGCACGCCCGCCCCCGAACGCGCGGCGUACUAGAGGAGGCGUUCGUCCCUCAUCAAUCACCGAUGUCCGCAGGGAAUUAUCUGACUUACUUGACGAACCCAACGGUUCUGCCAUGUCGAUCAUCCCCGCCACAGAAAUAGGAUCUGAUGGUGAGGACGAGGAGCGUCCGACCACUUCUUCAUCUAACAAAGAGAACCGACGCUCAGAAGUCGCAGUCGUCGAUCGCAUCAAGCUCAAGCGUGAUUCAUCAUCCCUAUCUACAACUAGCAACGGUGGAGCGGGCUCAUCACGGCUCGCAUUCGCAGCUCCGUCAGCAUCAGGUAGCAGUGGUCUAUUCAAAGUGCCAGCGCUACUAAGACGAGCGACAACGAAUUCGCUCAUCUCAAAUUCCUCGACUAGCACGACGAGCAGUAGCAGUGCCCCCACGGCUGCUGCCAGUCUAGCGGGAGGAGAUGAUGGUAAGCUCCUGAAGAAGACAGCAGGUAAGCGCUCUGGCAUUAACUACUUUGCGCGAGAGAAUGAGCGUCGGGCUGCAGUAGCAGAGGCUGAGAAGAGGCGUGAGGCGAAGAAAUGGAAGGGUGUUGAGGGCAGGAGUAAAGUCGUUGGUGGAUUGUUCGGUGGUGGAAAAUUCGAGUAA